GUAACACAUGUGCAUUCUUCAGCCCCACGUGGAAGGGUAAAUUUGCUGGCUUUGACUGUGUGGUUAAAGAUCAAACCCGGAAACGGAAAUGUAGAGCGGAGAGUUGUAUUUUGAACUCCCGUUGGGAAUAGAGAAGGGAGAGUAACGGGUGUGUGGUAAAAAUGUCUUCUACGUGUGACUUUGUUGUGCUCCACACUGGGCAGAAGAUGCCUCUUAUAGGACUGGGCACCUGGAAAAGUGAACCUGGCCAGGUGAAGGAGGCAGUGAAGUAUGCUCUCGGUGCAGGUUAUCGUCACGUUGACUGUGCUACAGUUUACAGCAAUGAAGCAGAGAUAGGUGAAGCCUUCCAGGAGAGUGUCGGGCCAGAUAAGCCUGUUAAGAGGGAGGAGCUAUUUGUGACAUCGAAACUAUGGAAUACCAAGCACCACCCAGAAGAUGUGGAGCCAGCCUUAAAGAAAUCUCUGAAAGAUCUGAAACUGGAUUACCUGGAUCUGUAUCUCAUGCACUGGCCACAUGCCUUCGAACGAGGAGAUACUCUUUUCCCAAAGAACCCUGAUGGCAUGAUGCGUUUUGACUACAUUGACUACAAGGAAACUUGGAAGGCUAUGGAGAAGCUGGUGGAGAAAGGUCUGGUGAAGGCCAUUGGACUGUCCAACUUCAACAGCCGUCAGAUUGAUGACAUCCUCAGCAUGGCUGCUGUCAAACCCGCUGUACUACAGGUGGAGUGUCAUCCCUACCUUGCUCAGAAUGAGCUAAUAGCUCAUUGUAAUAAGCGAGGGCUGGUAGUAAUGGCAUACAGUCCCCUUGGCUCUCCAGAUCGAAUGUGGAAGCACCCCGAUGAACCAGUACUUCUAGAAGAAUCUGGGAUCAAAAAACUGGCAGAAAAAUAUGGCAAAUCACCUGCUCAAAUCCUCCUCAGGUGGCAAGUGCAGCGUAAAGUGGUUACCAUUCCCAAGAGCGUCACUCCGGCCCGCAUUCUGCAAAAUCUCCAGGUGUUUGACUUUAAUCUCACAGGAGAAGAGAUGGAUCACAUUGGAAGCCUGAAUAAAAACUGGCGAUACAUUGUGCCAAUGGUUACUGUGAAUGGAAAACUAGUAGCAAGAGAUGCUGGACACCCCUUUUAUCCUUUCAAUGUCCCCUAUUAACUACAGUAAACUGGGUGUUAGAAUAGGACUCCGUGCACUCGUUCCCACAAGUACUCCUGUUCUUUUUUGUGGAUACAGACUAACACGGCUGCUACUCUGAAACCUGUUCCUAACGUAGUUGUUGCCAUUGUUUAUCAAAAAUCUUUCCAAAUAAAAUCUGAUGUUCUAAA